AUGGAGUUGCCCAUUUUAGUCUCGUUUCUUUGCGUCGUCACGGUGUCCGGCGUCGUACGGGGCGUAGAAGUUCCCACCCGCUCGGACACAGCACUGGUGGAGGCGCGAUACGAUCGAUACUACGACAUAUUUCGAUAUUGGUGGCCAUGGUUUAGCGAUUUGGCAACGGUCGUCGCGAUCAAGUUGAAGAUCUGGGUAAUCCUGGUGGCGAUGCUUGUCUUCGGCGACGGUUACUAUUGGUCCAAGUGGACCGGCUCGAGCAUCUUCGAGAAAAGCCAGUGGGCACAGACACCGCCUGGAGCCAGCUGGGGUCGGCGGAGGCGACGUUCCACUCCUUCUUCGCCGAACUCCUCGGACGAUCUAGCGGAGGUCAUAUUCGACACACUCGAUAUCGAAGAUGACGAAUGCCGUAAACGAAUCGUGUGCGAGCUGUAUGUGGAAGGGAAACGGGUGCCGACGAUUUGGAAAGCUCUCAGUGCUCCUGGCUAUGAGGUUUUUGGUGCCUACCGUCCGCUGGAGUCCGUGGCGCGUUCGUCAGAUUGUCGUAAGCUACAUCGGUGUCGGCUAGUGGAAAGGAACAGCUUGAAAUCGGUGCUCAGUGAUAGUUUUGAUAGUGAUUGGAGGUGGCCACGAUAAGGAAACCUGAAC